AUGUCUGUUGAACCUUUAUACGAAGAAAUCCGUCAAAGAAUAAUUGAGCGUGGCGCUAUUGGCAUUAGAGGCAUUGGAAGACUUUUUGGCAUCGCUGAUGAUGAUGGAAAUAAAAAGAUCGACAUCAGAGAAGAGUUUCCAAAGUUAAUUCACGAUAUUGGAUUGAAGUACAACAAGGAUCAGAUUGCAGCUCUCUCAAAAGAUCUUGAUAGAGAUGGUAGUGGUGCAAUUGAUUACGAAGAGUUCUUGUUCAGGCUUGCUAAGCCAAUGAGCCAAGCAAGAAUUGAUAUGGUUGUUAAGGCCUUCGAAUCAAUCGAUAAAGAUAAUAACGGUUAUGUUGAUAUCAAAGAUCUUCAAGCUGUUCACAACAAAGAGAAAUCAGAAGCUGUCCGUGUUGGUAAAGUUAGUGCUGCUGAGGUUUUCAAGAACUUAUGUGCAAAUUACGAUAAUGGUGAUGGAAAGAUCACAAAGGACGAAUUCAUCAACUACUAUCGCCAAAUUUCACCUUCUAUCGAUAAUGAUGAACAUUUCAUAUUGUUAAUCAAGAAUGCAUGGAAAUUAGAAUAA